GUAAACAUAUAAACAAAAUCUUUUUUUGUAAAGUAAGAAUCGAAAUAUGAAUGCUUAACAUUAUAAACUGCAUAUAACUAUUAUAGAUUAUAUACAUAUCACAUAUAAGCAUUUUAUCUAACUGAAAUAAAUCUUCGAGCGAUGACAUUAUCAAAGGUAUUUAAUCGGAAAAUUCUCGUCAAUCCUUACUAUACAGAUGGACACUAGAAGCUAUCUAUAUUUGCGAAAAACGUUCUAAAUUAAGUAAUAAAAAGACUUGUAGCCGUCUAAUGAAUAUCGCCUGUACGUAUGAAGAAACAAUGGUGCUAUGUGUCGUGUAAAGCUUGACAGUUAAACAUAAGAAGUAAGAAUAAAGACAUCCAUAUAUAUAUUAUUGCAUCAAUUGAAGCAAGAUGAAGUUUGCAGAACAUCUGUCUGCUCACAUUACGCCUGAAUGGCGUAAGCAAUACAUAAGCUAUGAGGAAAUGAAGGCAAUGCUCUAUACUGCUGGAGAAGAAGCACCGUCAGCUGAAAGUGUUGUUCGUGAUAUUUCGAUCGCACAGAUAGAAAGUUCUGAUCAAACGCAAAUUUUGCGUAUCAUGGGUAAAGAAGAAAAUGGUGUACUCAAUAGAGGUAAACGUAAAGUUGGUGGUAAACGACAAGCUACUAGUAAAGAAGACAAACGGGCAUUGCUGAAAGAAGAAAUAGUUGAUAUAGAUAUAUCAAAUGCCAGUUAAAAAUAGUUCAAUUGUUUUAUUAUCAGAACCUACGCAAAGCAAUAUUAUUCCAAAUUUAAUGUAAUUUUUAUAUAGGCAAUAGUUUGCCAGAAAAAGUGCAGGUCGUUCUUUAUGAACAAUUAAUAUUUCCUUUGUGCAUCAAAAUUGAAGAUUGUGAGGCUGAACUGAACAAGUGCC